AUGGAAGAGAGUUUGGAGGGUCCUUGCUUGCAGGAUGGCAUGGCCAAAGCCGACUUGGAACACAUUUUAGCCGGAGUCGACUUGGAAGCCAUCAUGGAAGGUGUCGACUCGGAUGGUAGCGGCUUGAUUGACUACACAGAAUUCUUAGCAGCAACUCUUGACAAGAAAUGCUACCUUCAAGAAGAUCUUUGCUACACAGCAUUUAGCGUCUUCGACCAGGACGGUGAUGGCCACAUCACUCUGGAGGAGAUGAAGAAGAUCCUCGAGAAUGGCAGCGUUGACCAGGCCUUUGGCAGAAGCUCCGAGGAGAUCCUCAAGGCCGUCGACACCAAUGGAGACGGCUCCAUCGACUUUGAGGAGUUUAUGGCCAUGAUGAGAGGAGACACGGCCGAGACAGUUGCUAAGGUUGAGACGCGUGCAUCUUUCUGA